UCGAGAAACGAAUGAAUGGCUUGACGAAAACCUCCUCUUAAAUCAAUCAUCAAUCUCCGAAUAUUAAUGGCUGCCGAACCCUUUUGAAUUAUAGUGUAAUGUAACGUAUUUUUGAAAUUUUAUCGAAAACGAUUUUCUUUUUCUAAUUUUGACAUGAAGGCUGACAAUUUUCAAAACUGUUUGAAGUGCAGCAGUGCAGUUCACGAGAUCGUCGCCUCUGGAUGAAAGUUUUAACCUGCACCAACUGGUUACACUUUCCAUAAGUCAGGUAAUUCAAACGACUAUUUUGUCUCCAAAGUAUAAUGAUGUCUUUAAUAUGACAAAUAGAUGUAGUUGUGGUAAUUUAUUUAUAAUGGUGCGCAAUAUCGACAUAAAAACUGCGAAGGUAAUCAUCAUUUACCUUGUCAUGUGUUAAACGAAAAUAUCCAACAUGCUGUCGAAAUAUUUAAUGGUUUUGUUAUCAAUUAAUCUUCCUGCAUCUUCUUUAAGACAAAAUAACGUGUGUAAGAGUUUCAAUGGUUACUUUUCUCCAGAGAACAACAUGGACUGCUAUUACGAUCCAGACACGCAACUAGAAACUCCGCAACUUAUUAAAAAAUAUGCGGGCGUUGUUGAAACCCAUACAGUAAUAUCUGAAGAUGGUUACAUGGUUACCCUAUUUCGAAUACCUGUAAAGACCCCUAAAGGUGUUGUUUUAGUCCAUCACUCUAUUGCAACAUCGUCCCAGAUUUAUCUAUGGCAAGGAAAUCAUUCGUUUGCAGUUACUUUGUGGCGCAAUGGUUUCGACGUUUGGUUAGCCAAUCAUAGAGGAACUUCUUAUUCUAACCGACACAUUAAUAUAACGACCUCCGAUUUUAAUUAUUGGAAUUUUGGUGCGCACGAAAUGGCUCUAUAUGAUGUCAGCGCCGAAUUGCGACAUAUCAGUGAAAAAACUAAUAAUUCGAAGAUUAUUUUUAUAGGACAUUCUUUGGGCUCAGGAGUGGGACUAAUGUACGCUUCACUACAAUCUGAGGAAGCCAAAAAUUACUUACACACAAUGAUCCUUUUAGCACCUCCUGCAUACUUUACAUAUGCUACUAGUAUUGUAGCGGUAUUGAAGCCUUUUGCAGCAAUACUUGAGAGACUUUCUAAGUUCUUACAGAUAGGAAGCCCAUUACUUUUUCUUCCUUAUCUGCUUCCACUUACUAGAAUUAUCCUAAGAUCUUUCCCCAUCAUAUUGCUCAUAACAGCAGUAAUAAUUUGGAUGUCUUGCGGUUUCACUCCGAACAGAACUGAUCCAACAUUCUUCAACUUUAAUGCCUUCAUUUACGGAAAUAAUUUCUCGUUAAAAACCUUCAUACAUUUUUUACAAAUUAGCAACACCCACCGCCGAUUUCAAAUGUACGAUUAUGGUAAGAGUGAAAAUUUAAAAAUGUAUGGAAGUGUAAUACCUCCUCUUUAUCCUUUACACAACAUUUCCGUGCCUAUAUUACUUGUGUCAAGUACUGGAGAUUCAUUGUGUACAAAGAUGGAUUCUGAAGAUCUAUUUAACGAACUUCCUGCACAAGUUAAAAUUUACGGACACUGGAAAUUAGAUGGGUUAAAUCACUUAGAUUACCUUGUUGGGUUGCAUCGUGAAGUAUUUACCAAACGAUUAAUAAUGUUUCUAAAUAAUAUCAAUCGUAUAAGAUAAUAAUUUAUCACGAUAUUUAAACGAACUUGUAUUUUUGUAGAACAACUAAGCCCAUUUGUGUAUAAAGUAGUUUGAUCACUUGAUCAGCAACUGCAAACAAAGUGCUGACACAAUAUUAGCAACAAUUUGUUGGUCUAAAGUUGUUUACAUAAAACUUCCUCGUCUCUGAAGUACAAUCAAACAAAGCCAGUUUCUUAAAUGCAUUUUAAAAUUAAAUUUAGCAAAUUUUAUUAAUUGGUGACAAAUGAGGCAUGCGAUGCAUCUGUUUCAAGUGAGUUUUCCAUAAAAGAUGUAAUGCCGUCAUCAAUUUUUUAGCAAGGACACAUCAAUUUAUAUAGGUAAGUGCACUAAUAAUACCACUGUAUUUCCAAAAUUUCGGGAAAAUUCAGUGAGUCGUUCUUGAUUUGAUCAAUAAAAUAAAUUGCUUAAAUCAUUAAAACACCACUUUCAACUGAAAACAUGCUUUAAAAGACUCUCUUAAGCAUUGUUUUGUGAUUUUUGAUAUUUCUGACUUUAUUAUAUGGUAUGAUUGACAGAUAAUUGACAUCUAGGAAUUUUCAUGUUAUUUGUGCAGAAUUAGAACGCAAAUCUGUUUUCUUUUUAACUUAACGUCAAACUGGUUAUAUGUUGAAGCUCAUGACAACAUUCAACGGUAACUUGAAUGGCUGCCAACUAAGACUGUCAAAAUAACUAAAUUGAUUUUGAUGAUUUUUGAAAAUGAAGACAUUAAGUUUCCUCAGUAGAAAAAAAUAAUAUAAAAACUUUUUUGUCAGGUCAUUAUAACACUCGUUCGUUGUGGAAACUUGCUCU